CGAAACAUCCCACGAAAAACCGUGACAACAAAAACCCAGAAGAGAACUCCUCACAAACAGUGAAGAGAAGGGUCCGUCUAUUGUCAAAAAGCAAAACAAUGGAGGUCAGAGAAGAUACACUGUACCUGCAAUUACAUAAGCUCUCAGCCGUGAACUCUGAAGAAGUUCUCGACGCACUGAUUUCUACUCUCUGGCAAACCAGAAAAACCGGUCUCCGCGGACACCACGACAAGUCCCAUUUCCUGUCUCUCCUCAAUCUUCCUUCUCUCUCCGACCUCGACCCAGUUUUGGCGUGCCUUCGCUCGCUUAUUAGAAAAUGCGCUUAUGAUAAUAACUUCACUGGUGAUGAGAUUCUGAAGUUGUUCCCACACGAUUUACCUCUUCAUCUUCAGCAAAUUCUGUUGAUUUUGUUCCAGAAAUAUCAGAGUCAGUGGAAAGAAGAGGUGUCCACUGAACAGCGUUCAAUGCCGAGGACCAGUGUUUCCUAUCAUGUUAAAAUGGGUGAUCCACCAACUGUUACAACUGUCCCAUCUUCUGGUGUCACGGCUGCGCUAUGGCCUCGCCAGGAUGAUCGUAUUUCUCAAUUAUAUCAGAAUGAUGUCGGGGCAGCUACUCCAAUUAUUUCGGAGAAUAAUGUGUCGCAAAUAGCUCCAAUGGCUCCGCAAAGCCAUAUUGGCCCUUCUGAGAACCUGGGAAUUUUGCCCCGUCUCAAGUCCAUGACGUGGACCAUGGAGAACUGCAGCUCAGAUCAAUCUAAGAGAGUGGCUGUCAUAACACUUAAGCUGCAAGACUAUACCAAGUCUCCUACAGGAGAAAUGGAAGUGAAGUUUCAGCUUACUAGAGAUACGCUUGAGGCUGUGUUGAGGUCGAUGACUUACAUUAAUGAUCAGCUCUCGGGAACAGUUGGAGAUUCUUUGGAGCCAAUGAAGAAGAAACAAAAGCAGUCGGAGAACUUAGCUUGAUAUUUAUCUGUUUUGACUUAACUCAAUGUACAGAUUAUUAAUUUAUUAUCAUAUACGGACGUGAAUCGUUCUGGACUGCGCCAAGCUAAUAUCUUCCUUCUUUUUUCUUUUCUUCUCUU